CGGUUGCGCACAAAAAUUCGUGUGUGUCAUGGCGGCCUUUGAGCACGAGCUGGAUGCCACGGCUGGACUGCGUGAGGCCUUGUUCCAUGCCAUCUCAACCGAUCGGGCAGCCAUCACACUUGAAGAUUUGAUGGGCAUGCUGACAGCUCUAGACGCGAGCAAGCCCCACGAUGAAAUUCAGGCCAGCGCGACACAGCUCAUGGGCAUCUUGGACACGAAUCACAGUGGACAAGUCUCCUUUGCAGAGUUUGAAGCUGCGGUGGCCGAUAACGAAUCCUUGGUCCGAAAUCUGGCAAGCUUGAUGCAGCUUGACGUGGAUGUAGCCAGCAACCCCCAUACACCCACCGAAUCUCAGCACUCGGGUGCAAAUGCUACGCUGUGCAAAUCAGAGUCAUUGGAGCUCAUGUUUGAAGCACGCGAGGCUGAGCUUCGCGAGCAACUCGAUGCUGCGCUCCAACAGAUCCAGCAGGAGCGCACAGAAAACCAGGCUAUACUGAGUACACAGAGCCAGCGGCAUGACCGAGAGGUCACAAGCCUCAACCAACAGCUGACUGAGCAAGAGCAAGCAAUUCAAGAUUACCGACAGGAGAUUGAUGCAUUACGGGAUACCAUCCGCGCCAAUGAAGCGGAUCAACGUGAACGUAAUGCCGAAGAGGGCCGAGCUCUUAUGGAGGAGCAGCAAGCUACGCUCGCGUCCCUGACGGACAAAGUCAAAAGUCUCAAGGUUGACGUUCUACACAACCGCUUGCAAGUACAGGAAGAGUAUGCCCAAACACUUGAGCAAAAGUACAUACAACUUCAAGAAGCUGCAAAUGAAUUGGUGGACCUGCGAGCUGAGAAUCGGCAGCUCAAAGACCGCCUGGACGAAUUUCAGGCACCGGCUUCCACCACCGCAAUGGAGAAUGAAACUAGAACCAGCUCGGAGGAGCAUGGCCGUGCUCUGAUCACAGCUGAUGCAGACCUAGAGGCUGCGCUCUCCCAGCAACGGUUGAAAGACAUUAUGACCGAGCAUGACACUGCACUACUCGACUUGUCGCGCCGCCACCGACACGAGCGGGCUAGAUUGCAGGUUUUACUGGUGGCGGCACGACUCAAAGGCCAAGCACAGGAUACGAAAAUGUCGCAGGUGGCUGAGACUGCGGCUCAACUUAGGUAUGACAAGAAGCGCCUUCAACUUCAGGUAGACGCCCUCGGAGCAUCUCUGCAGGCUAUGAAGAACAUGGUCGACCAGACAAGUGUCGUCAGCCGCAAAAAACACAAUCGUAUCCCGUCAUGGUCGGGUGUUCUGCGUCGGCGCUCCCAGACGUCUUCGCGCAGUGAAAGUCCUGCACCAGCCUCGCCAACGGGCCAACCUGAGGCUGCUUCGUAAUUUUACGUCGACGCUCACAGGGCGCUUACGGUUAGCGUAAAAUUCUGACACUUACCCCAUCCCGCCCUUUUUUUAAACAAGAAUCGAGAGUGAG